CCCACCGUCAUCGUCGCCGGCUGUCUGAGACCAGCCAAAUGUCCGCGUUGGUCCAAUCGCCACCUCCCCUGCUCGGGGAUGCCGCAGGCAAUUUCCGCGUUCACAUAGUAGGGAAUAGCGGAACUGGAAAGUCCACGCUCGGCGCAGAGCUUGCCGCCGUCUUGAAUCUGCCGUUCAUCUCGCUCGACACCCUCUACUGGGGCCCUAACUGGCGCGAAGCCACGCGCGACGAGUUCUGCGCGAAGGUCCGCGCUGCACUCGACCAAACCCCUCACGGCUGGGUCAUCGACGGAAACUACACCAACAAGCUUGGGGGGCUCAUCACCGAUGCGGCCACGGACAUCAUCUGGUUGGACCCGCCGCUGCUGCUCUACUUCCCGCGGCUGUGCUGGCGGACCGCCAUCCGUCUGUUCCGGCUCGCGCCUCCGUGCAGCCCGGGGUGCGAGGAGAGGGCGCGGGAGGUGUUCUUCUCGCGCGACAGCAUCAUCUGGUGGUGCCUCAGCAACCACUCGGUCAUCCGCAAGCGGUACGCGGAGCCGUUCCGCGUCGAUGGCGUGCUCGCCGGCGGGAAGCACAGACGCAUCGGCGGGUGGGGCGGGGAGCUCGCCGCGUGGAAGCGGGACGUGCAGGCCAUGAUGGCCGCAGGGGCGCCCGCGCUGCCCCUUGCGGCCGUGCCCUAG